GUGGGCCUCUGGGAGUUGUGGUUUGGCGCCACCUGCGCAAGCGCAGUCCCGGCCAACAGCGGGCGUGGCCUUCGUCCUGCCAUCAGGCAAGGGCAUGGAAGGGUUUUGGGGAGGACAGUCUAGGUUAAGGUCCGCGAGGCUGAGCUCCUUACUCCGAGUCCCGUAGCCACGGCCCCGGGCGAGGGUGAGGCGAGCAGGGAAACGACCAAAAGUGCGCGCGCCGCCCUCUGGGAGAUGUAGUUGGGCGCCCCAGCGCAGGCGCAGAUCUGCCUGGUGACGGCCGCGGCCUUUGUCUUGCCGUCCUGCUGAUCCCCCAGGGGAGUCAGGAGGAUGAUAAGAAACCUGUCAACACAUCACUGAACAAGAUAACUCCCAUCUUGGAAACCGCUGUGAAGACAAUAGGGCACAGAAUAUGGGGCAGAAUCAAGGGUGCCCGGGAAGGGUCAUCAAGGGGAAAACUGCCUGCAGAGGAGCUGGCUGUUCCUGCAAGAGGCCAGCAGAGGUGGGAAUGACUGCUGGGCUCUUUGCUGCUGGGGCCCCGGAGCAAGUGACCUUUGAGGACGUGGUUGUGGACUUCACCCAGGAGGAGUGGGGGCAGCUGGAGCCUGCCCAGAGGACCCUGUAUCGCGAUGUGAUGCUGGAGACCUUCAGGCUCCUGGUGUCUGUGGAUUUGGAAACUAGGCCCAAAACCAGACUGUCAGCUCUAACGCAAGACAUCGCUGAAGAAACGCCCAGCAGUAUCCUGGUGGAAAGGUUCCUGUGGGAUAGUCUGUGGUGCUCUGAGGGUGACGAUGCUGAGGGCCACGGGGGGCAGCGUCAUGAGAGCCGAGAUAGACACAUGGUGCAGGCAGCCUUCAUGCCCGUGAAGACACUCAUGCAGCAGCGGCAGCAGGGGAAUGAGUUUGGGGAAAACUUGAUUCUGAGCCCUAGUCUCCCAUCUCAGCCAGAGAUUCCUGAAAGACAAGGCAUCCAUAUGCUGGGGACACACAGGAAGAGGGGGAUGCCAGAGCCAGAGCUAAAUGCUCAACAGGAGAUAUAUGCAAAGGAGAAGCCCUACAAGUGUCAGGCAUGUGGAAAGGCCUUUAGUCACAGCUCAGCACUUACUGAGCACAACCGCACGCACACAGGAGAGAGACCUUAUGAGUGUCACGAAUGCGGAAAAGGCUUCCGGAACAGCUCAGCACUUACCAAACACCAGAGGAUCCACACUGGUGAGAAACCUUAUAAGUGUACUCAGUGUGGGAAAACCUUCAACCAGAUUGCCCCACUGAUCCAGCACCAGAGAACUCACACAGGGGAGAAGCCCUACGAGUGCAGCGAGUGCGGGAAAUCUUUCAGUUUUAGGUCCUCCUUCAGUCAACACGAGCGGACUCACACUGGGGAGAAGCCCUACGAGUGCAGCGAGUGUGGGAAGGCCUUCCGGCAGAGCAUCCACCUCACCCAGCACCUUCGAAUUCACACGGGAGAGAAGCCCUACCAGUGUAGGGAGUGUGGUAAGGCCUUCAGCCACAGCUCUUCCUUGACCAAACAUUGGCGAAUCCACACUGGGGAGAAGCCGUACGAGUGCCAUGAGUGUGGGAAGGCCUUCACACAGAUCACACCACUGAUUCAGCAUCAGAGGACCCACACGGGAGAGAAACCAUAUGAGUGCAAUGAGUGUGGGAAGGCCUUCAGCCAGAGCACACUCCUGACAGAGCAUCGGAGGAUCCACACGGGAGAGAAACCCUACGGGUGCAAUGAGUGUGGAAAAACCUUCAGCCACAGCUCAUCACUCAGCCAGCACGAGCGGACGCACACAGGAGAGAAGCCGUAUGAAUGCGGUCAGUGUGGGAAGGCCUUCCGGCAGAGCACACACCUCACUCAACAUCAAAGAAUCCACACUGGGGAAAAGCCCUAUGAGUGUAGUGACUGUGGUAAGGCCUUCAGUCACAGCUCAUCCCUAACCAAACACCAGCGGAUCCACACUGGGGAGAAGCCCUAUGAAUGUAAUGAGUGUGGCAGAGCCUUCAGCCAGCUUGCCCCACUCAUUCAGCAUCAGAGGAUUCACACGGGAGAAAAGCCCUAUGAAUGUAAUGCAUGUGGCAGAGCCUUCAGCCAGAGCUCCCUUCUCAUAGAACACCAGAGGAUUCACACCAAGGAAAAGCCCUAUGGGUGCAACGAGUGUGGAAAAUCCUUCAGUCACAGCUCAUCGCUCAGCCAGCAUGAGCGGACACACACUGGGGAAAAGCCCUAUGAAUGUCAGGAUUGCAGGAAAUCAUUCAGGCAGAGCACCCACCUCACUCAGCACCGGAGGAUCCAUACAGGAGAGAAGCCAUAUGAGUGCAGGUACUGUGGGAAAGCCUUCACACACAGCUCGUCCCUUACCAAGCACCAGAGAACUCAUACUGGGUAAACCCACUUCACACUCACUGGAACAUGGGAAAGCCUUAAGUCAUAGCUCAUCCUGUACUAGACUUGACCCAGUCAUUCUCAAUGGAAACAAUACAAGUAUAUGCAUAUGCAAGCCUUCACACAGCACAUGUCUCAGACACCCUCAGAGAGGUGUGGUGGAAAUGAUUGUGGAAAUAUUAAGCUCUAGGUCAUCCAUCCCCAGAUAUCAGAUCAUCCAAACAGUAGUAGGGAAAUGUGGAAUUAAUCAGUGUUGAGUACCCUCAGUCAUAAGUGCCCACUAAUGCUACAUUGUACAACCUACAAAAAAGAGAAAUGGGGGGGGGGGGGAUGUAGUGGAUCUGGAGAUGGCUUCAUCCAAGGAUUCAUAAAAUUCCAAAUGAGAGAUUUUCAAAGUGGUGAGAAACCCAACAAAUGCUUUUUGUAUACAGGAACCAGAUACACUCAGGAUUAUCAUUAUUGCACAUUACAUUCUUGGGAGGGGUGCUUAUGAAUGGUGCAAGAUGACUUUAUAUAAAUUUCUCUACAGGACUCACAGGCAUUAGAAACACAGAUGUUGCUGUUUCACAAAAAGGAAGAUUUCUUUUCCCUUUGUUAAGCCAUCAUCUUAUGAACAAUAGCACCUCCGUAUUGGAACCUUAUGUUUUGCAAGAUUUAUCUUUUUUGAGAAAUGUACAAGUUAAUCUUCUCUGGAUAGUUUUUCAUUGAUUCUUUUUCCUGGUGUUUAAUAAGCUUUUGUUUUUGUAUAAUCUGUGUUGAAGGUCCAUAGUAUCACAUUAAAUCCUGAAUCCACUAACAGCAGUCUCUCUCAGAGCCACAACCUUUGAACAGUGAUUUAUCCUUAUUAGAAUCCGUAUUUAAAUUGCAUUGGCUGGAUAUGGCCACCAACUGUCAGGGUUAUAUCGGUUGGCUUACUUUACCAAUCACAAUCCUGGGAUGUAAGUUUCUCAAUAACUUGAAAUUUCUCCCUUGGGGGAAGGAUAUUACAAAUAGUCUUCCAGUAGUCCCCAGUAUGCUUGUGCAAUGCCUCUCUUUUUUUUUUGGAAUUAAUUUCAUCGUCAUUUAUUUUUUUUAAAUUUUUAUUUAUUUUAUGAUAGUCACACAGAGAGAGAGAAAGAGGCAGAGACAUAGGCAGAGGGAGAAGCAGGCUCCAUGCACCGGGAGCCCGACGUGGGAUUCGAUGCGGGGUCUCCAGAAUCGCGCCCUGGGCCAAAGGCAGGCGCCAAACCGCUGUGCCACCCAGGGAUCCCUUCAUCGUCAUUUAAAAGCCACUCAAGAAAACAACAGUCCCUGGUAUAAACAAUGCAAGCCACAUCAGUAGAUUUAGUUAUUCUAAUAAUACCAUUUAGGAAGCAAGAAGAAACAGGUGAAAUUAAUCUGUCCCUAUAUAUCCCAAAUGUAACAAACCACUGAUGGAGGAGAUGUUUUGCUUGCUUUCUGUGUGGUACAUCUUUGAAAUCCAUUGUGUAUUUUGUUUGUGGCCCACCUCAGUUUUCUGUAGCCUCCUUUUGGGUGCUUAUUUGCCACAAGGAGCCAGCCAGUGGCUGGACUGGACUAGGCGGCUUAGCAGCCUCAGCCCUGGUCAGCUGUGUCCACCUUCCUUUAUUACGUGUAUCCUCCUGCGUCCCUGUGUUUCUGUUCUUGUGUUCCUUCUUGUCCUCAAGGAAACCAGAUGUACUGAGAAGAUCAGCUUCUUUAAGUAAAUGGCAUGAGAGGCUCUUACCCCUGAAUCUAGUGUAGAAAAUAUGUCACGCUAGUUGUGCACAGUUCAGACUCUCUAGGGUUAGAAUUCUUGUCAGAGAACACUACAUUUGGAAAACAUGUUAAGGCUCCUCUAUUCCAGUUCAGUUCAGUAAAACUGGAACCAGACUACACACACUUGCAGUCUUUAGAAAAUGCCAGAUCACUGAGAACCCAAGCCACACAAGCUCCUGCUGUCCUGUUGCAGCCCUUGCUCACCUGCCCUGUAAUAAUACAAACAGGAACACAGCUCGGAAUUGGGAACCAUGGGGAGGUGCCCACAGUAUCACUUCUACCCUACAUUAGGGAGGGAAACAGAAGUGCCUUCCCCAGCAGUGCUACUCCAGUGCAGGCGCAUUGAGGACAUUAUACCCAGAGUGUCAGAAAAAUCGCAGGGGCACAUGCACUUCUGACCAGGGGCCCUGACUUAUUUGGAUAGUUGCUGAUAUAUCUUAAUCAUUGACAUAAAAGUUCAAACCCAAUAAGGAAAACUGAAGGGUGUGAAUACAGAUUCAGAAGAGGCCGUGCAGUUUCACCUUUGCUCACCGGACACUUGUGCUUAGAACCCAGAGAUGCUAAGGCUUCCAGCUACCACGAGGCCACUGGGCAGCAAGGAUGUUCAAGCCAGGUGGGCUCUGUUCAUGGGCUCCAAUCAGCCAGGCCUACUCUGCAAGUCCUCCAAGCCACAUCAGGCAUGCACAUGAGCAAGGCUUCAGGUAACUCCAACCGCACAGCUUUCAAGAUGCCUCAGAUGUCAGGUUCCCAGCUGAAG